AUGCAAGUUGCAUUUGCCCAGUCAAAUCUGGCAGGACGUGCCAAGACUUGGGCACUGGGGCUCAAGCUGCACGACCCAUACGCGUUUGGGUCGUUGGAAGUCUUCAAGUCGCGGCUCAGACAAACGUUUGAACCGCCUAGAGCUGAGUUCAGGGCUCGAACCGAACUCUUGAAGCUCAAGCAGGGUAAGCGUGAUGUGCACGCUUACGCUCAACAUAUACGACAUCUCACGAGUUGUAUAAGUUCCAAUCCGGUGGAUGAACACACGUUGGUUUCGGUGUUCAUGCAGGGUCUUGCGGAUGGUCCCGUCAAGACUCACCUGUUCCGGCUUGAACUAGAUUCACUAGAACAAGCCAUUUCCAUUGCGGAGCAGGAAGACUUCAGUCUGAGACAGGCUCGCGCCAGCUCGACAUCAUAUCGUCAACCGAGACGAUAUGACAACGGAGGUCCAGAGCCGAUGGAACUCUGUUAUGUAGAGAGCGAGAAGGCUCGCUCUACAGACUACAAGAAGUUGCAGAAAUGCAACAGAUGUCAAAAGACAGGACACUACGCUUACGAGUGUAGUGCCCCUCGUCCAGUGUCUCGCGACACUGGGCGUAGUGACCGUCCACCCAUGAGAAAGGGGCAGGGACGAGGGUCCGCAGUUGGUGCAAAGACGCAACAACGGGAUGGACCGUCAAAAAACGGACAGGAUCAGUAG